AUGGCACACAGUUUGAACGGAAAAGUUGUAUUGGUAACCGGCGCUGCUGGUGGAAUUGGUGCUAGCGUAGUUAAAUAUCUACUUGGUGAGGAUGUGAAGCAUAUUGCAAUGUUGGAUGUAGCUGAAGAAGCCGGGGUGGCAUUAGAAAACGAAUUAAAUUCAAAGUACAAAGAUAAUAAAGUAACCUUUAUUAAAUGUGAUGUUGCUGACAAAGCAAGACUGCUAGAAGCAUUUAAAAUAGUAAAAGAUUCAAUAGGUUAUAUCGAUUUAGUUAUAAAUAAUGCUGGGAUUUGGGAUGAUACUCCGGAAUCAUAUGAAAUGGAAAUCAACAUAAACUUGGUAUCAUUAAUAACAAGUUCUUUACAUGCUUGGAACACAAUGCAUAAAGAAAAAGAUGGAAAAGGCGGCACUAUAAUUAAUUUCAGUUCAGUUGUGGCACUGUCUAAAACUGUGAAUGUGCCAAUAUAUGGCGCAACAAAAAUCGGCGUUCUAAAAUUUAGCACUUCAUUAGGUGAUGAAGUGCAUUAUUCGAAAAGUGGCGUGCGCGUAUUAUCAAUUUGUUUCGGACUAACGGAUACGCCUUUAUUAGGAAAUACCCAAAGAUUGUUUGAUAAGACUGCGGAAGGCCCUAUAGAGGAAGAUAUAGACAAGUUCAAGUUACAAAGACCCGAAUCAGCAGCUAAAGCAGUCAUAGAAACGUACAAGCAAGGCGCAAGUGGCAGCGUCUGGAUAUCGACUAGUGACAAACCAGCAUUCGAUGUUACCAAUGUUUAUGAUAAAAGCAUUGCAUUAUUUGAUGAUUAUGUUUACAACUAA